UUCACGUGUGACCUGUUUGUGUUUUUCAGAAGUGUUGGAAAGUUUCUCAAUAUGCAACUCCGCAUCAAAGCGGAAGAUGCUUCAGCGGUAACCUUUGAGCAGGGGCCACGCUGUGAUGGACACUUGACCGCCAUGGGUCGUAAAAAGCGGGCCACCAACGCCACCAAGUGCCAGGACAAGGGCUGUUUGGUCAAGCCCUCGGCUAACCUGACCGCCGGUAAAAAGGUUCGCAGAGACGGGUCGGCACCGUCAGAGGUCAACGGAGUGACCGCAUGCACCCCGCAGGUCAACGGAGAUGUGGACCUCAUCACCUCGGCCACACAUACGGGCAGUGUGGUGUCCAGGAGGAAAGGUCGUAGGACCAAGUGCAACAAGAAGCCCGAGGAGGCAGAGAUCCCCAGCGGUAGCCCCCCGAGGACUGCGUUGUUGGGGACCAUCUUCUCACCCAUCUACCAGCCCUACCACGCGCACGCAGAUGCUGAGUGUGGGAGUGCCGUGUCUGACCUUGAGGCCAUUGCCCGUGUCCUUGACCUCGACGACGUCAUGAUGGAGACAGUCAUCGAGAGCACAAUCUCCAGCAAAGAAAAUGAGGACCCCUCAGCGGAGGUCUCGGUGGAGACCGAGUGCAAGGAAUUCAUGCUGGUGGAAGACAACAACAACAACAGCAGUAGUGGCAGCAGCAGCGGCACAACUGCCACCGCAGCCUCAACCGCUACCAACAACAGCAACAGCUACAGCAACAACAACAACACCAUCGCUAACAACACCAACAACAGCAGCAGCAGCAGUAGUAGUAGCACCAAUUUGUACUCCUCCUCCUCCACCACCACCACAUCCACCUCUAUGGGGACCGUCAUCGGCAGCAGCAACAACACCCACUACCACUUCACCGCCACCUGCAGCAGCAGCAGCAGCAGUGGCACCAACACCAGCAACAUCAGCAACAUCAGCAGCAGCUGUAGUAGCUGUGUAAGCGAGGAGGUGGAGGGUGAGGCGGACAUGUGUGUGGAGAGCUGUUAUGAGGCGGCCAGCAUGGCCAUCGACACGGACUGCUCCGCCUACUGUCACGAGGAGGAGGCGGGGCAAGAGGACACCUAUGAGUGGGAGGCGGAGCUACAGGACCCCUACUCUAUCAUCCGUAGCCUGCCUCCUCUCACGGAUGAGUUGCGAGCCCGUCUCCCAGCCCUUCCCCUCAAGACACGCAGUUCCCCGGAGUUCUCUCUCGUCUUGGACUUGGACGAGACUCUGGUCCACUGUAGCUUGACAGAGCUGGAGGACGCUGCCUUCUCCUUCCCCGUCUUGUUUCAAGAGGUUUCCUACAGAGUGUUUGUGCGGACGCGGCCGUUUUUCCGCGAGUUCCUGGAGUCGGUGUCGCAGAACUUUGAGGUGAUUCUGUUCACGGCCUCCAAGAAAGUCUACGCAGACAAGCUCAUGAACCUGCUCGAUCCGGAGAAGAAGCUUAUCAAAGACAGGAUGUGCGGCCGCAGAUCCGGGAGCGGUACCGACUACACACGCUGCUGCCCCCUUAGACCAGCGGUCAGCGGAGGGCGCGCCUGUCUGGUGGGGUUGUCGACCAAGUGAAGACUGGGCGCUCGACCUUGUGCUCGGAGAGACGAGGGGGGAGAGAAAGGAGACGAACAGACAGAAAGAUGGAGAGAGAGGAGAGAAAGGAGACAGACAGACA